UUAAAACAUUUACAGUACCCGUAUAGUGUUGAAAAAGUCUGAAAAGAAAAUAUAUUUUACUAGUGUAGUUUUAUUUUACAAUUUUAUAAACCUAACUUUAAUGAAGUAGUGCGUGUCGUAUGGUUAGUUAAUUAUCGGAUUUAGAUCUGUACAGCGUAGUGAACUAUAACAUAACACAAUAUUACAGGCAUAGAAAAAGGUGGCAGAGGUCGAGUGGACGUUUAAAGAAAUAGCAGAAGGGCAUGACUAUCUCUAGAACUGCAUUAGUUGUUUCAACAAACUGGCUUCGAGAACAGUUAGGCAAUAAUGCCAAAAAUCAGAUAUCCAAGAAACUACGAGUUCUCGACACAUCUUUCCUGAAGAACAAAGAAGUUGAUACAUACAGUACAUGCUAUCUACAGGAGCAUAUACCCCAAUCUGUAUAUUUUGGAUUGCACAACUGUGUAGAAAGCACACCAGAGCUUCCACGAAACUUGCCAGACCCGAAAUGUUUUUCACAAUAUGUGCAGACAUUAGGGAUUCAUCCUGACACACAUAUUGUGGCCUACGAUAGGUUCGGACCCACACCUGCCUUCCGUGCAUGGUGGUUGUUUAGGCUGUAUGGUCACAAAAAAGUUUCAGUGCUGGACGGAGGGCUACGGAAGUGGAUUGCAGACGGUUUUGAGACCACUCAAGAUUUGGUAACAGUUGAGCCUUCAGAGUUCGAAGCCUCGCUGGAUAAAUCUCUAAUACGUUCUUACGAUGACAUGGUUCGGAACACAGAAACAAAGAAAGAGCAAGUGCUGGACGCACGCUCCAAGGACGAUAAUACAGUUAUUAAUAAAGAGUUGGAUGGAGGAGUGAUACCGGGGGCAAAGCACAUUCCAUUUGAAGACCUCUUUAAUAGUGACGGGACAUUUAAAUCUGAAACUGAAAUAAAAACAAUGUUUGACAGUGCGGGUGUGAAUUUCGACGCGCCAAUGGUUGCCUCGUGUUUUACUGGUAUGACAGCUUGUGGUAUUGCUGCGGCCGCUUAUACCCUGGGAAAAGAUAUUCCAAUAUAUUAUGGUUCAUGGACAGAAUGGCGUCAGAGGGCACCGGAAGAGCUUAAACAUCGAUACAAGGUGUGAUUAUGAGUCUUCGCCGUCCAUCAAAUCUUCGCCGAUCAUCAAAUCUUCGCCGAUCUUCAAAUGAUUCCAAUCUUUGCCGAUCAUCAAAUCUUCGCCGAUCAUCAAAUCUUCGCCGAUCAUCAAAUCUUCGCCGAUCAUCAAAUCUUCGCCGAUCAUCAAAUGAUUCCAAUCUUCGCCGAUCAUCAAAUCUUCGCCGAUCAUCAAAUCUUCGCCGAUUAUAAAAUCUUCGCCGAUGAUCUACGAUUCUUUAAAUGAUAUUCACUUUAAAACUUUUGAUAAUUACUACUCAUGUAUUUCAUUUAAACCAUAUUUGUGUUCAUUUUGAAACAGAAGGAUUAAUACUCGUUUAUCUUUAUAUGGAUCAUUAAUUUACUUUUUUGUUGAGGUUUUGUUUUAAGGGUACAAUAUGCCUUACACCCGAAUAACUUUUUCCUUAUUUAGGUAGGGCACACAUGAGUUUUAUAACAUUUAGAUAAUGGUUUUAGAGCAUGAAAGAUGCUUAUCACCUGAAAAAAAGAGUAGAGCUGGACGUAGAAUCAUUUGUCUUAAAAGUAGCAAAAUGUAAACAAGGAAGUAGUUUGAUGAUAUUCAAUCACUUGUAUAUCUUUACUCCUUGACAAAAUGCAACAGAAGCAUUAGAUAGUUCAGGUAUUUGAUCAAUGAGUGUGUUUUUUGAAAGUAUAACAGGACACGAACAAUAAAAAGCUUUUGAAAACUGAAAAUAAAAGCUUUUAUGGGGCAUAAUGUGUCUUUAAUCUGAAAAUUUAUGAAGCAGUUGGUUUAUGAAUACUCAAUGAAUUGUUUUUCAGGAUAUAUUUUGUAUUAACAAUGCAGUUUUUAAUUGUUAAUUUCCUAUCACUAUGGUGAAUUAACAACCAUAAAUGUUUUUCCUUUGUGAUAUUCAAUUAUGUUUGUGCGUAACCUAUCCUCGGUGCAUUUGUGAUAUAUAUUUUUUAAAGUAUUGCGCGUGUGCGUGUAUGUAUGUACGCGCGUCUGUUUGUACGUGUGUGCGUAUGUGUACCCGUGGGCGGAAUAAUUUGGGAGUGAAGAAUUAGUCUUUCUAAAUUUAGAGAUACAAUGUAUUCAAUAAUUUUGUUUAUUUUUAUGACGUUAAUUUGUUUAAUUGACGAUGUCAUCACCAAUUUGAAAUAACAGCAUGUCAAAUAACAUCAUUUUACAUUUGCUAUAUGGCUGAAAAGGACCAGGGUGACGCCUUUUAAAUAGAGUAUGAAAUCUCGUGGAGUAAUGUAAUUUUGUUUUAGAAUUAUACUACAAAAGCUGACAUAUUUGUUAAGCCAAUGUGUUAGAAAAAGGUAAAAGGUCCACGGCUUGAGUGUUUUCAGCUCUGAUAUGUUAAAGUGUACAUGGCGUGGCAUAUACAUUUCUAUUAUUGUAUGUUAAAAUAGCCUCAAUAUGAAGACAUUCAGGUUUUAGACAGUCCUUUUUUCCAGUAGAAGUUUACA